UCAGGAACAACAUAUUCUUUCCAUACUGUUAGAAUGUUUCACUUGUGGUGAGUCAUUACUGGCAAUAUGUUUUUAUUAGUAAGCAUUUAUAGUGAGAGUCAUGAUGACAGGUAUUGGGCAUUGACAUAAUGUUCCACUUUUUCCAACCAGACUUCGUUUACUUUACUGGUUACCACAAUACUGGCAUUCAUGGAAUAAUCCUGUCACGUAGGGGUGGGUUUCCCUUCAAAUCAGCUGCGCGCUGGAUGAAACCAUUGCCCCAAGAAAUGGAUAAACUGUAAAAGAAACCUGUUCAAACUAUCUAAAGAUUUGCUUUCAGGUUCAAGAAAUCAACAUUUCUGUGGUAAAAUCAGCAACAUGAUCACAAUAUAUUUUCAUUUUCUUUAGUUAGAAAGGUCAUUACUGACACUGCAUUUAAUCACCCCGCACGGAAGCAGAAUAUGGGUCAUUCCAAAAAUGGCGGCGGGUUCUGUUAGUGUGAAGUGAAACUUUCCAAAUAUUGCUGAUAAAACAUAGCUAUUCUUUAAUCCAUUUGAAUGAUUAUCGUCGAGCAGAUAUUGAAGCAAUUAUGAUUGGAUUACUGCUGUACCUGACGUCAAGCAACACGAUCGAAUGACAUCGUUGUUUUGAGGAUUUUGAGAUCGCGAACGGUGGGCUUUCCUCAAAGUUGACGGUAGCAAGAGUGCCUUUCAUUGAAUGUGAUCAUAACGAUUGUUGUUGUCAUCCCUACACGGAACUCGGACAACCCGUUAAGGCUAGCUAACUAGCCCGUUAAAUUACGUUGGAUUCUUCUUUUACCGGCUAUUUUUUCUCAACCAGAUUGCCUUGUUUGUAAAUCGGGGUCAGGGCUCCGGUGGCCGUUUUACGUCAUCCGUCAACCAUAGGUUGAUGCUCGUCAAUGUUGUGUGCCCUGUUGCAACGAAUUUCUUGAUUUGCUAGCAGCAUAACCUGUCCUGGCAAAUCAAUGGACAAGCUUCAGGACCUUAGCCAAUCCGAGUUGGAGGAUUUGCUGAACAACACAGAGCGGGUGGAGUCCAUGGCAUUGGAAUCUGAUGAGAUUCAGAACAUCCAGCUGGAGAGGGAGAUGGCGCUGGCCUCCAACCGUAGCCUGGCAGAGCAGAACCUGGACAUUAAGCCUCGCCUGGAGAGACAGAGAGAACAUCUAGUGGAGAGAUACUCUGAACUGGAGGGAGUCAGAGAUGCCUACAGACAGCACUGUGACCAGAAAGAUGGCAUCAUGGGGCAGGCGUCACCAGAGGGGUUGUUCUCCAGACUCCAGACAGAGGGCGCCAGCACAGAGACAGAGUCAGAGUCUCUGGCAGAUGAGUUUCUGGACGGCCAGCUGUCUCUGGACUCGUUCCUUGACCGUUUCCUCUCCCUCCGCUCCCUCGCUCACAAAAGACGAGUGCGGAUAGAGAAACUGCAGGAGAUCCUGCGCCAGAAGAAGGAGACCGCCGCGGACGACGCCUCCGCCGGCUCCAUGGCAUCACAAAUGAGCGCCAAUCAAGACCCAGCGACAACACAGCCAUGGAAUCCUCAUCAACAAACCCCUCAGCAACAACAACCGCAGCAGGAUUCCAAUCCCAACAACCACGCUAGUUUCCAAAACGGCCCCGGCUCCGCCCUACCUUACACCCUUUACCCCGUCUCCCCUCUUAACCCGACAGCCACCGCCGCAGCAUCAGGCCCAGGCCCGUCCAUUCCCCCAGGUCAAUUUCCUCCCUACCCCAGCCCCGGCUCACCUUUCACCCCAGUGGCGGGCUACUCAGCCCGUCCUGCUUUUGGGCCUCCGGCCACUUCCUGCCCGUACCCCACCCAGCCCACGUUCCCUGGCGUCCCCGGCUCAGGGUCUGCGUUCGGGCAGUACAGCGCCCCCAACAGCGCCCCCUACCCCUCUGCGUACCCUUACAGCGGGGUUGGGGGGUAUAGCUACCCCACAGGCCCCACUCUGCCCAACUCUCAGUCCCCCACAGGCAGGCCGCUGUACAGGCCUGGGUUUGGAGUGCCACAGCCCUACUCCUGAACCACCCUCUGCUCUCACCCGCUCCCUCGACGUCUCACCCCGUCACUCGUCUCCCACCACACAUUCUCCAGUCUCGCUCUCAUUUCUCUCUCUCGCUCUUUUUUUCUCACUCUUUACAUCUGUCUAACGCACACUACAUCUCUCUCUCUCACUUUCCUCCCUCUCUUGAGCUGCCUCCUCUCCUCCCCCCUCCCCUCCUGUCAUUCUCAAGUGCAUAACUGUCUCAGGACCUCCCCUUGUGUUCCAAUGUGUUGUCAGAAACACACUCCCAUUGGCUGUCGGCCCCUUCACUCUCCCCUCUCUCUCCUAUUGGCUGUUGGCCCUUUCACUCUUCUCCCUCCCUUUGUGGAAUACUGAGCCAAUCAACAAGACCUUGGCCACGUACGUUUCAGAUAGAAAUGGAGCUGACGUGACUCCUUAUUCUACAUGUCAGAGAGCCAUGUUCUACAUAAAAUAUGUCUACACAUCAUGUAUUCCUUAUCACUGGUUUCACCCUGUAGCACACGUUCCUUGUGGCACUGUGUUCGGUAUAUGCAUUGGAAUACAUUUGACUCGUUCUAACACCCAUAUCAUUCUACACCGGUGUCAGAUUACAUGUGUUGAUCAUAUUAGUUCGUACACGAUGUUAACUUAAUACCCACCCGAACCAAAACGUUUUACAGGUGCAGUUCUGUUCAGGAAUUCUGUUGUUCUGUAAACUGUCUUUGUUGCUCUUCGUACUGGUUAGGAAGUACUUAAGAAGAAAAAUCAUAUGAAAUCAUAGCAACUCUAGGAUAUGUCCAUGUAAUCAUAUUCAUUAUGAUCUAAAAGGCUAAACUGAUCCUAUAUCAGUACUCCUACUUUGAGAGGCUUUAUGAAUGCGGGCCCUGAUCAAUGGUCGUUUUGGAGACUUCAAUAACCCUAUCUUCUUUCUUAUUCACCUGGCUUUGCAUGUAUGAUGUUUGUAUCUUAGCCAAAUCUGGACAUCUUUACAGGUGUAGGACCUUAAUUUGACCUGUUUCUCUCAACAGGAAAAUAAUCCUGCAUCAACAGGAAAUUUGAAUUAUUGUGUGGGUUAUAAUUAAUGGUGGUUUUUGUAGGGGUUGCUAAAGAAAAUUGUCAGGGCAAAUCAAGUCUGAAAUUACAAAUUUUAGAAGCCUUUUUUCAACCUCGACUACACUAGUGGUCCUUUGUAGCUCAAUUGGUAGAGCAUGGCGCUUGUAACGCCAGGGUAGUGGGUUCGAUCCCCGGGACCAC